GAAACACUGACUCUUAAGUAGCUUUCGUGUUAAAGGUAUAGUGCAAUAUCGGUAUAUCUGCUUCUUGGCAAUCGCAAGUACACGUACAUUACAUGAAGGGAAAUUCAAACAUUGACAACUGACACAAGCUCGCUUAUAUGUUUUGCAAAAUGGUUAAAUUAAAGAGGUACUUAAAAUAUAUCGUCCUCACUGGAUUACUAAUAGCUAUUGUGAAAAUAUUCUUAAUACAAAGUUCAGUUAAAAUCAGGUGGAAACAUCAAAGGAUAACGAAUACACAUGGGAAAAGUCUUGAAAGCUCAAGUUUCAGCGCAUCACCAAAUCAAGCAGAUGGAGAAUUAUCAAGACACAAAAUUUGGGAUUCCUUACAGUGCGCCACUAUUGACAAAACCCAAAUGAAACCAAAGUUAAAACCGCGGACUGCACAGUCGAAGGUUCCACUUGAGCUUUAUCAUAUGAAUUGGACGAAUAGUUUUCUUGACGCUCACAAAGUUAUAAAAUGGCCAAAAUGGGAUAUUUGCAACGUUGGAGAAGAGGAGAAUCUUCUUUUGCUGUUUGUCAUAAGUCACAAAGCUGGUAAACAUAUGCGAGAUGCAGUUAGGACUACAUUCGGUUAUAUUAAGAAGUUUUCAAGCUGGAAAAUUCGAACCGUAUUUCUAUACGGCGAUGCAAACAAUUCAGUUCUACCGAAUGAAAUGGAUGAAGAUGUUCUAGUAGGAAAUUUCCCCGAUGGCUAUAAACAAAUGACAGAAAAGGAUACAUUUGGUUUUAAAUGGAUUCAGUUAUACUGUCCGAGAGCAAAGUAUGUUUUUCGAAUAACACAUGAUGUAUUUAUGAACCUCACUAAAGUGGUAAACUUUCUCGAUGAUAUCCUCGAGAAAAACGUCACGAGACUUUAUCAUGGUCAUACACUGACCAACUCCAAGAUUCGACGCAAUUUUGGUAAAACAAAACUUGUGUGUCCUGUGAAGGGAUGGGAAGCCCAUUACCCAAGGUACGUCACAGGCUGUGGCAUACUCUUCAGCCAAUCAGUGAUACGGGAUAUGAAUUUCUUAUUGUGCAAACUACCACUAUGUUUCCCCGAUGAUACAUACUUUGGCUCGUUGAUGGAAAUGCUUGGGGUGCCAGUUACUGGAAACAAUAAGUAUGCUUUACGAUUCUAUGACAGGCAUGAGGCCCGUUUAGGGCAAGAUCCCAAAAAUGCAGCUUCGGUUAUCCCUGAAACGGCCAUACUCUCCCAUUAUUACAACGUAUCGAAUCCUACAAACAUACAAAAACUUUUGUGGGAAGCAUAUUUAGACAAGAGUCUACAACAUAACUACGAAAUCCAGUACCAUAUUCGAAAACGCAACUAG